AUGGAAUUUGAGCUUGACUCGCUUAGGCAAGAAAAUGCUAGACUUAUAACCAAGAUUAGUGAGAUUGAGAGUAAGAAGUUGGAGAUAAAAUGGGUGUUUGAGGCUAGAACUAAUGAGUUACAUAAUACUAUAGCAAAAUUUACAACCAAGAUUGGAAAACUUAAUGCUAAAAUAGUGGAGCUAAAGAAAAAUAAUACUCUUUUAAGCGUGAGUGAACAGAAGGUAUUAGAAGAAAUAAGUAAUUGUUUGCUUAAACAUCGAUACCAGAUGUACUACCUACCAAUAAACCUGAAUCCAUUAUAG